AAUAAGCGACGAUUUCUUGCUAUUAAUUGCUUUUUUUCGGUUUCCAAUCUUAUCGAUAGACUAAGACUUAAUUUUUUAUCGGGAAAAGCAAUUUCGCCCCCAAAGAAGCCCCUCCUAAAGAGAGGUAACCUUCACGUGUCUCUCAGCAACUCCUCGAUUAUCAUUCACUCGUAUUUCAAAGUUAAGUUAAAUCGCAUAUCUUUUUCGGGACAAAAGUUUACUUAACUCUCCGCCAAACAGUCGUAACCCAUAAAAAGAGAUGUCGACUAUAAAUAUCGAGUCACAGACAGCGAAAGAUUUAUUGACUACAAACUCGCGAAUGCCUACAAUGAGACGAUUAAGUGAUAUCGAUAGCCUGUGUUUAGACACUUCGGUCUUCAAACCAGUCAACGAACAGUUACUCUUCACCGGGAAUUCAUUACAAUUGAGUAAAUAUACCUUCGAAGACAAGGGUGUCAUCAAAUCGGCUGAGAUUAUUAAAAAGAAAUACAGUGUCGGCAGCGGACCCACUGUUACCGACGACACCGUCAGUGUCCUCAGUAUCGCUAUUCUUAAGCGACAUAUUCUGUGCGAUUGCCUUCUGCUCAUCAAACAGUACAGACCGACACUCAAGUCCUAUGUCUUGGAAUUUCCGGCAAAGAUUAUUGAAAACCCAUUGGUUGACGAAGAGAGCGAUGAGGAGACUACCGGUGAGGCCGCCAUCAAAGAUGUGGAGAACAAUACCGGAUAUAAAUCAUCAGACAUUCACCACAUCAGCCCAGAGACAGCUUUAGAUCCAGAAAUAUGUGACGGAAAGAUACGUCUGGUGUCACUCGUGAUCGAUGGCGACGACCCGAUUAAGAAUGGAUUCAUUAACGGUAACCAUAAUGAGAAACACACUGACAUUGAGGUACAUCAGGUGCCCGUCAACGGUCUGUUAGACCGACUCAAUGAGUACAACAAACGCGGUAUUGUUGUCGACUCCCGGGUCUACGCCUUCGCCAUUGGCCUCAAGAAGGGAGAAAAGUUGGCUCAAAUUCACGCCAAACCCGAAGAUAUUGAAAGUGGGCGCAAAAGAGAUAUGAUGGAAGACAUCCAGAAGACGACUACUUUGAUCUGGAAUUCAAUCGAGAAGAAUGAACAAAAAGUUUCUUCAAUGGAUAAUAGUUUGGUUGUCAUCUCGAAUAGAGUCGAGAAGAUUAUCGAUUCGAUUGAAAACAACAAAUUAAACAAUAAGUUCUUAGAGGAAAAACUCGAUAGAAUGGAGAAUAAGAUUAAGACAAUUGAAGAAUCAAUGAAUACAAAGAUUAAUACAAUCUCUGAAAAUGUGGACACAAUCUCUCGAGAAGUCAAACGAAUUGAUUCAGAAAGUGAUGGAAAACUAAGAAAAAUAAUGAAUAUUAUUAGCGAUACGUAUGAACUGAGCAAAGAUGUGACAAUGGUUUUGAAGGGCAGAUCCGGCGGUUAUAUUGGAAACGGAGAUAAUGAGAGUCCGGACCAAAUGGAAGAGAUGCAGAAGAAACUGUUGGAACAAAUGAGUAUAAUUGAGACAUCAAUUUCACAGCAAGUGUCAAAUGUGGCCAAAUUAGGCAAAGAGACGAUCACAUCGUUGAACAAUAUAAACAUUGAAAUGCUUACCAUUCGUGACGAAUGCACGACAAGACGACAGUCAACGCAACAGACAAGAAGUGAAUCCACUUUUGAUAGCUAUCAUCCAUCUCUUAAUGGCCACAGAGACACUCAUUUACCACAACAGUGUCCGACCGUUAAUGUGACAACUCUUCAGCACCAAAUGGAGACACAAUUGGGACAAAUUGGUGUCACAAUUGAAAAUGAAAUGACAAUAAUUGGCAGUAAAAUAGAGGAAUAUAUGAGUAGUUGUAAUUCAAAUGUUCACAACAACAAUAAGGGGCGAAGUAUUGCACCACAAGACUUGCCACCAAUUAUUGUGAACAGCACCCAAUCGUUUGCACCCAUUAAUCAACGAAAGACCAUAAGUCCGGCCAAAAGACCGACCAAUCCUUCAGAUUGUCAGCACUCGUCCACAUUAUUAACGCCCAAAAGCUGUUCUGAGCUCAACAAAAGUGGUGCUAAUUGUGACGGCGUUUACGUGAUCUUCAUUGGAAACACUAAACUUUUACGAGUCUAUUGCGAUAUGAGUGACAACGGGGGCGGAUGGACAGUAAUCCUCAGACGCGGAGACUUUGGUCGAAGACGUCAAAUAAGCUUUGAUCAGACGUGGAGUGGAUAUAAGGAUGGGUUUGGAGACAUGGAAUCGGGAGAGUUCUGGUUAGGUCUCGAUAAUAUCCAUCAGAUGACUGUCACUGAAGACUAUAUUCUUCAGGUGGAUCUCGAGUCGUUUGACGGCGAAUACGUGUCUCUCGUUUACGACAGAUUCAAAAUAGGCGGAGAAACAGACAAUUAUAGACUUCACUUAGGACACGCCAUACAGUCCAACACAACUAUAGCGCAGGCAUUGUUGGCCCACAACUCAUCCAUGUUCUCCACUCACGACAAGAACAACAACAUAAUCAGUGAUGAUAAUUGUGGGGCCAAAUUGCAAGGAGGAUGGUGGUUUCACAAUUGUCACAAUGCAUUUCUCACUGCACCCUAUUUCGCGAAACACAAGCGGCCGCACGUAUGGCAAGGCAUUCAAUGGCACUCUUGGAAACAUUCACAGCAUCUGAAAGCCGCCCAAAUGAAGAUCCGACCCAAACAUCACAACUAAUCAACUCUUUUAGUCAUUUCUCUCUUGCCUUACAUUUGAAUUAACUAAUUGUUUGGCAAAUAAUAUAUUUAUUUGAAGUCAAAUAUUGUUCUCAUUCACUGCGUUAAGUGCUUAACACUUAAUUGAAGUGAUAGACAAU